UAGACAGUCGCUGUCACUGAGAGGUGAAAUGGCGCAGACAGGAGUUCAGCUGGACACAAUUUCUUGUUCGAUCUGUUUGGAUCUACUGAAGGAUCCAGUGACUAUUCCCUGUGGACACAACUACUGCAUGAACUGUAUUAAAACCCACUGGGAUGAAGAGGAUGAGAUGCAAAUUCUCAGCUGCCCUCAGUGUAGGCAGUUCUUUAUACCAAGGCCUGUCCUGGUGAAAAACACCAUGCUAGCUGAUUUGGUGGAGGAGCUGAAGAAGACUGGACUCCAAGCUGCUCCUGCUGAUCACUGCUAUGCUGGAUCUGAAGAUGUGUCCUGUGAUGUCUGCACUGGGAGAAAACUGAAAGCCUUCAAGUCCUGUCUGGUCUGUCUGAUCUCAUUCUGUGAGAAACACUUCCAGCCUCACUUUGAAUCACCUGCCUAUGAAAAACACAAGCUGGUGGACCCCUCCAAGAAGCUCCAGGAGAACAUCUGCUCUCGUCAUGAUGAGGUGAUGAAGAUGUUCUGCUGUACUGAUCAGCAGUGUAUCUGUUAUCUCUGCUCUGUGGAUGAACAUAAAGGCCACGACACAGUCUCAGCUGCAGCAGAAAGGACUGAGAGGCAGAGAGAGCUCGAGGUGAGUCGACAAAACAUCCAGGAGAGAAUCCAGGACAGAGAGAAAGAUGUGAAGGAGCUUCAACAGCAGGUGGAGGCUAUCAAUCGCUCUGCUGAUAAAGCAGUGGAGGACAGUGAGAAGAUCUUCACUCAGCUGAUCCUUCUCAUCCAGAAAAGAAGCUCUGAUGUGAAGCAGCAGGUCAGAUCCCAGCAGGAAACUGAAGUGAGUCGAGUCAAAGAGCUUCAGGAGAAGCUGGAGCAGGAGAUCACUGAGCUGAAGAGGAAAGACGCUGAGAUGAAGAAGCUGUCACACACAGAGGACCACACCCAGUUUCUACACAACUACCCCUCACUGUCAGCACUCAGUGAAUCUACAUCCAGCAUCAAUAUCCGUCCUCUGAGGUACUUCAAGGAUGUGACAGCGGCUGUUUCAGAGCUCAGAGAUAAACUACAGGACUUUCUGAGAGAGAAAUGGACAAACGUCUCACUGACAGUGACUGAAGAGGAUGUUUUACUGCCACAACCAGAGCCCAAGACCAGAGCUGAUUUCUUGAAAUAUUCCCAUCAAAUCACACUGGAUCAAAACACAACAAACACAUAUCUGUUACUAUCUGAGGAGAACCGAAAAUCUACAUCUAUGAGUCAACAACAGUCUUAUUCUAGUCACCCAGACAGGUUCACAUGUUGGCAGGUCCUGAGUAGAGAGAGUCUGACUGGACGUUGUUACUGGGAGGUGGAGUGGAGAGGGAGAGGAGUUCAUCUUGCAAUUGCAUACAAGAAUAUCAACAGAGUAGGGAGAUCAAACAAAUGUAGAUUUGGAUUCAAUGACAAAUCUUGGGCUUUAAGAUGUGAAAAAAACAGUUAUACGUUUUGGUACAACAGAAUCCAAACUCCAGUCUCAGGUCCUCCGUCCUCCAGAGUUGGAGUGUAUCUGGAUCACAGUGCAGGUAUUCUGUCCUUCUACAGCGUCUCUGAAACCAUGACUCUCCUCCACAGAGUCCAGACCACAUUCAUUCAGCCUCUCUAUGCUGGACUUUGGUUUCACUAUGGGUUUGGAGACACUGCUGAGUUCUGUAAACUUAAAUAGACAGAAGUCAUUUAAGGGACAGCAGGUUAAAUUUUAAUUCUUAAACUCACAUCUUAACAUCAACUAAUGAAAAAUAUGCAGCCAGUAUCAGGUCAAGGUAUAUGAAAUGAAAGUAUUAAUCUUUGCAUUUGGUUACAAGUAAUUGUUUUAUAACAAUUCCAGAAGUCAGAUCUCACAUUCCCAAAAACUAUUUACAACCUUUGAGCUGAUGUGAAUAACAUUUGUAAAGUGGAGACUCUUCUCUACCAUCUUUCCCAUAGGACUUGAAUGCAGCAUCAGUGUUACGGGUUGUGACUCUUGUGAACAAACUGACAUAGUGUGAUAUUCAAUUUAAAGCUCUCUUUACUGAUGUUGUCUGGAGCUGCCAAAGGUUCAGGGAAGUUUUUAUGUGCCCAGUGAAAAUCACAGCAGGUUAACAACUGAAAUGUGAAAACCGAUGCACAACACAAGAGGGCGCCGUCAUCCUGCUAACCAGGGAUGUAGUGGAGGUUAAAGCACCUGACUCAUCACUCAACAAGUAACAUCACUGCAAGAAGGUCCUGGGUUCAAAUCCUGGCUGUGGCAGAUCCUUUCUGUGCGGAGUUGGUCUGGGUCAAGACAAGUGAUCCCUUUAGGUGAAGAAAGAAGAAAUUAGUGAUUUUGUCAUGUUUGGUUAAAGGGUGGACUCAAAUGCAAGACACUGAGGAAUGAUGAGGUUAAGAAGGUUUUAUGCAAAAACUUGAGGGGAUGUUGAUGAUGUUGUUGUAGUAAACACAGGAAAGAUGGUUGACUGCAGACUGGUGAGAAGAAACCUACAGAGGUGUUUAACACUGUUCUUGUUAAUUUUCUACUAAUUUUAAUUUGUUCUACGGCUACAGAUUAACUACAGUGUGUUUGUGUUGUCAGAAGGUGGUACUCAUAUGGCUUUUGUGUAAAGAAUUGUGUCAACACCGACACCCUAACUUAAAUCCUUUACUCAUAUGAUGAGAACUGUACACUAAAGUGUGAAUCCUGCUUGUUACAAACAAAAAAGACACAAUGAUCAAUGAUACAAAUAUUAAAGUUUCAGAUUCACCAGUGGAGAGGAGUGGUCUCUGCACCUCUUCUGUAUCAUUGUGCAGAUGUUAAAAUAAUGCCCAUGUCUGUUAAACCUGAAGUGAAAUAAGAUGUUUGUCAUUUGAAAACUGCAUAUUAUGUUCUCAGAAUUUCAUAACCACUAUAUUAAGUAUACAAUAUUAAACUACUGGAAGAUCA